AUGCUACUCCAUUACACGCCGUUCUCAAAUGCUUGGAUCUCUCGUCGAUGGAUUGUUUUCCUUCCGCUUGUUCUCGAUUUGAAUUUUGGAGUAAAUGGAGCUGAGUCUGGGUGCAAUGUCGAUUCUGAAUUUCACCUUUGUCAUUGGAGUAAUGUUGUAUUAGAUCCUUUUAUGAUUGUGCAAAUGCUAUGUGGCCUCCAGGUUGAAGCUGUUGGAGCUGCAAAAAACAUGGAAGAGACACGUGAAGAUGCAGGGCCAGCAGAGCGAAUGCCAUCCAACGUGUCGUGGUGGCCUUCAGAUUUUGUUGAAAAUUUUGAAUCCGUUUCUUUGAGCUCUCAAGAUCAGACGUUAAAUAAUAAAGAAUCAUCAGGACUUGCUAACCAAGAUGUUAUGUCACCUCAAAAGGCAUCACAAAUUCUCUGGCGCACUGGAAUGCUUUCAGAACCAAUACCCAAUGGUUUUUAUUCAGUUGUUCCAGAGAAAAGACUCAAGAAACUUUUUGAUAGUAUUCCUACUUUGGAUGAGCUUCAAGCUUUGGGUGGAGAGGGUUUUAGGGCUGAUGUCAUUGUUGUAGAUGCAGAGAAAGAUAGAAGGCUAUCUAUGUUGAAGCAACUAAUUGUGGCAUUGGUUAAAGGAUUGAAUUCAAAUCCACCAGCAAUGAUUAAGAAGAUAGCUGGAUUAGUUUCUGACUUUUAUAAGCGACCAAAUGUAGAAAGUUCAGCCAAAGCUGCUUUUGAGGAAUCCUCGCACAUGUUUGAGAAUCGUGGUGUCCAGAUGCUAGGGCAAAUAAGGCAUGGUUCAUGCCGUCCUCGAGCUAUCUUAUUUAAAGUAUUAGCAGAUACUGUAGGUCUUGAAAGUAGGCUUAUGAUGGGUUUUCCUAAUGAUGGAGCUGCUGACUGUGUAGACUCUUACAAGCAUGUGUCAGUGAUAGUUGUGUUAAAUUCUGUGGAACUGCUGGUUGAUCUUAUGCGAUUUCCUGGCCAACUAUUACCACGAUCAACCAAAUCAAUUCUUAUGACACACAUUUCUGCAGCUGGAGAAAGUGAUUCUGCAGAAAAUGAUUCCUGUGAUUCACCAUUAGAACCAAAUAGUCCUUUAUAUGGGGUUUCAGAGAGUGUUGAAAAGGAGGAAAACCUCCAAUUCCAUAGAAGAUUUGAAGUGUCUUCAAAUGUAUCAGGUCUUCCCCUGCGAAAUAUGAUGUUACGAUCAAAUAGCAGUCUGGACAGGAAUUUGAAUUUUUCACACAGUGAACCCAACAUUGCAACUGCAUUUGGUCGGCGGAGUCGGAGAAAGGUCAUUGCUGAACAGAGGACUGCUAGUUCAAGUCCAGAACAUCCAUCAUUGCGUGCACAUGGACGGUCCAAGCUUAGUGGUGACAGAACUGCUUGUAGAGGUUUUGCUGAUGACCAGUCUGCACCAAGAUCCAGCUAUAAGUCAGAUGGUGCUUCCUCAUCAGAAGCUCGCAGAAUACGAAGAAGAAGUAUCAGCAUCACACCAGAGAUUGGUGAUGAUAUUGCAAGGGCUGUACGGGCAAUGAAUGAAACACUAAAGCAAAAUCGUCUUCUAAGAGAGCAAGGGGUUGGUGAUAGUUUAUUGUCCCAUUCUCCAAAUGAUAGAGCCAGCAGUGCGGAUCUUCAGAAAAAAGUGUCAAAUUUCCAUCUUGAUGGUCAUCAAGAGAGGUCACCCUUAUAUUUGCUACACCGUGAACCUGUAAGCUCUCAAAAGGCAAUGUCAUUACCCUCUUCCCCGCAUGAUUAUAGAGGACAACCUUCUGAGAGAAGCGGAGCAUCAGAAUAUACAAUGAAUGAUGAAAUGGAAUCUACCUGGAAUAAAGUCCUUCAAUCACCAAUGUUUAACGAUAGACCUCUGUUGCCAUAUGAAGAAUGGAAUAUCGAUUUCAAUGAAUUGACUGUUGGAACCCGUGUUGGGAUUGGGUUCUUCGGAGAAGUUUUCCGUGGUAUUUGGAAUGGCACAGAUGUCGCAAUCAAGGUUUUUCUAGAGCAAGAUUUAACUGCUGAAAACAUGGAAGAUUUCUGCAAUGAGAUAUCCAUUCUCAGCCGGCUCCGACAUCCUAAUGUUAUCUUAUUUCUUGGUGCAUGCACAAAGCCCCCACGCUUGUCAAUGGUGACUGAAUACAUGGAGAUGGGGUCUUUGUUUUACUUGAUUCAUGUGAGUGGUCAAAAGAAGAAGCUUAGCUGGCGGAGAAGACUAAAGAUGUUGCGGGACAUAUGCCGGGGCCUAAUGCAUAUACACCGUAUGAAGAUUAUUCACCGUGAUGUGAAAAGUGCAAAUUGUCUUGUGGACAAGCAUUGGACUGUGAAAAUAUGUGAUUUUGGACUGUCAAGAAUAAUAACAGAUUCUCCCAUGAGAGAUUCCUCGUCAGCAGGAACUCCAGAAUGGAUGGCUCCUGAACUAGUUCGAAAUGAACCAUUCACUGAAAAAUGUGAUAUCUUUAGCCUGGGGGUGAUAAUGUGGGAGCUCUGCACCUUGAAUAGGCCAUGGGAGGGCGUGCCUCCGGAGAGGGUGGUUUAUACCGUUGCCCACGAGGGUUCUCGAUUGGAUAUUCCUGAAGGCCCGCUAGGCAGGCUGAUAUCAGAGUGUUGGGCGGAACCCCAUGAACGGCCAAGUUGUGAGGAGAUCCUCUCUCGCUUGGUGGACAUCGAGUACUCCAUGUGUUAA